UUUAAAUAUUUCCAUCGUACAAAUUAAAACAAAAUGGUCGAGUUCUCAACAGCUUGAUCUUACCUUCAUCGUCAUCAUCAUCAUCUUUCUUCCUAACCGCCGCCGGAGGAAGAUUGGCAGCAUGGCGACGAUGAUGGCUAUGAAGGUUGUGGACUUCUCCUUUCAGUCCAUCGCGGGAAAAUUACAGAAGAUGCUAGAGGAAGAAGCCGAGUUGCUGGCCGGAGUCGAAGAUGAUGCCCGAUACAUAGUCGCUGAGCUCAGAAGCAUCACCUCUUUCUUGACGGCCAUGACGACCAAGCGGAAUCUGGAUGAUCAACUGCAGAACUGGUUGCAGGAAGUGAAGGAGUUGGCUUACGAUGCAGAAGACUCGAUCGAUGAGUUCGUAUGCCGUCUCCGAUCGACACCCUACGACGAACGCGGAGUUAAAUAUUUUUUCAAGCACUUCCUUGGCUGUAUAAAAUCAUUGAAAGCUCGCCAUGGCAUCGCUUCAGAUCUAAAGAAAUUGAAGGUUCAGGUAGAAGAGAUUAGAAAGAGGCAUGAUCGCUAUUCCCACCCAAAUGAAGUUUUUACUAGUUCCGGCACCCCCACCAGCUUCGACAUGGCCGACAGAUACUCCGAUCCACGGAUCAUCGGCCAUUUUGUAGAGGAAGCUCAACUCGUGGGUAUCAACCAGAGCAGGGAUAAGAUCAUCGGGUGGGUGAUGGAUGAGAACUGUCUCGAGCUCACAGUGAUUUCUCUUGUCGGCUUCGGUGGUUUAGGGAAGACAACUUUGGCUAAGACGGUCUAUGAUGAAACUGUUAUCAGCGGAGGCUAUAUCCAAUAUCGAGCUUGGAUCGCAGUGUCACAAAAUUACAGCAUCAAAGAGCUUCUCAAAAAGAUUAUCCGACAAAUUUCCAUCAAGGAGCAACAAAACCGAGAUGUCCAAGGGCGCCAAGAUGCCAGUUUGAUCACAGAGCUGAACAUGAUGGACGAGUUACAACUGGUGCAGACGGCCAGAGACGUUCUCCAUGGAAAGAGGUAUUUGCUUGUUUUUGAUGACGUUUGGAGAACUGAAGCAUGGGAAAGCUUGUGCAUUGCAUUGCCACCGGGUAAAGAAGGAAGUAGAGUCAUAGUGACCACCCGCGUUGAGGAAGUAGCAAAUACAAGUUGUUCUCGUAAUCGACAAUUUAUAUUCAAAGUCUCUCCUUUAUCACCUGACCUGUCUUGGGAGUUAUUUUGCAGAAAAGUUUUUGAUGCCCCUGACUAUAGUUGUCCUCCAGAGCUAGAAAAUGUUGGCAGAGAAAUCUUGCAAAAGUGUAAAGGACUGCCACUUGCGAUCGUGACGAUCGGAGGUCUUCUAGCUUCGAGGCCUGAUAAAAAACUUGAGGAAUGGAAAGACUUGCACGACCACCUUCGUUUAGAGAUAGAAACUAACGAUAUGCUGUCGAAGAUCCAUCAGAUACUUGUUUUGAGUUACAACGACUUGCCCUACCAUCUCAAGCCUUGCUUAUUGUUCUUAGGCAUCUUCCCUGAGGAUUAUGAGAUUUGCCGGAAGCGCCUGAUGAGACGAUGGAUUGCUGAAGGGAUUGUGAGUGGCGUAGAUGACUUCCCAGCUGAGAAAGUCGCUGAGCGCUGCUUCAACCAGUUGGUGAGUCGUAGCUUGGUGCAGCCAUCACAAUUUGAUGACAGUGGGACGGUGAAAUCUUGCCGCGUCCAUGACAUGAUGCUUGAUGUCAUACUCUCGAUAUCGAGGAAGGAGAACUUUGCGGUGCUACUGAAGGAGCACCCCACGAUUCCACAGCAACGCCAGAAGAUAAGACGCUUAUCGUGGCAUGGAGGAAGCAGUGGACUAGUGCCUGACACUGAUUUGUCCCACCUCCGAUCCUUCACUGCAUUUGGUGAGGAUGCCCCACCACUGAAGGAUUAUAGAAAGCAGAGGCUGUUGAGGGCAAUUGACUUGGAAGGAUGUUGGAACUUGUUUGAUCUCCACCCCAAGAGCUUUUCCAAGUUGUAUCUUUUGAAGUACUUGUCUCUAAGAGACUCUGGUAUAUCAGUGUUGCCAGAUUCAAUAGGAGAUUUGCAAAAUCUAGAGUUUUUGGAUAUAAGAGGAACUGAUAUUGAUGAACUACCCAAUACCAUCGUCAAACUCCAAAAACUGGUCCAUCUGCUUGCUGGUCCCGAAAGAUUUAAGUUCCCGAAAGGAAUAGGAAAGUUGAAUAGACUUGUCGUGUUUGGAAUGGUACGUGCUGAUAGUGUGCAGUUGCUACAGGAGAUUGGUGAGCUUGUUAACCUCCAGAAGCUUGACAUCUGUUUUGGUGGACAUGAUCUAUCACUCAGAAUGCUGGAGGAGAUCAGCGCCCUGCUCUCGAAGCUCAAUGGCACCCUUCGAUCUCUAACGAUUUCCCAUUCGAUAAACGACAGUCUGAAAAAGGCACUCGAUGAGGUAGCUUCGCCGCCAUGGCUGCUCUGCAAGCUCCGGAUAAGUUGCAAACUUGGCGAAUUGCCUCCUUGGUUUACAUCUCUGAAGCAUGUUGUCAAGAUAUCUCUGUCCUUCACACGACUGCGGCUCCAGGAUUUACGAGUCUUGAGAGAUCUCCCCGCUUUGGUCGACCUGAAACUUGGAAUUGCGUCAUUCCUCAAUCAUUAUGAGAAUUUGGUCUUCGAUCGGGGAGGGUUCGCACAACUUAAGUUCCUGGAAAUUGAAGGGCACAAUGUGAGUUUCGAAGAAGGUGCACUCCGAAGCCUCGAAAUUCUUAAUAUCCGUCGUUUUAACACUGGAUUUAGCGUCGAAGGCAUAGAAAAUCUGCAUGGGCUAAGGGAGGUUCACAUUCUUACUAAUAAUGAAGAUAUAAUAGAGAUGGUCAAAAAUAUUGCAGCAAACCAUUCAAAUCGUCCCAAAUGUUUUGAAACAAUACUACCUUCGCCUGCUCAAGGCAUAUGAAGAAGAUCUUUCUGUCAAUGCAAUGCAAUGCAAAGAUUUGGGGAGAAUAUCACUGUUCUAUACUACUGAUUUGUGUCAUAUUGUUCUUGAAUUAGGCAAGUAUUUAUGUGAAAAUUGAAUUUUAAACAUUC